UUUUCAACUUACUUUUCUUUGAUCGUGGAUUAAAAGCUAUAAUUUCUUUGUGAAAGCCCGGAAAAGAAAACUCCUGCGCGCUUACAUUGCCAGCGGGUGAUCAUAUGAACUUGUUGUCAGAAGUCACGCGACCGAUCUUGGAAAGAUUUCUUCCCUGUUUAUCAGCGCCGAAACCUCAGACCAUCGCAAGGAAGUAUUGGAUCGCCGACCAUAUCGAGAAGGAGGAAAAUGGUUGAUGACACUGUUUCGUGCAGGAUUAGAACUGGAGAUAAAUCAGAUUUAGCAGCCACAUUUGCUUUGGACGAUGUCAAAAUACGCGCUUUUCAGAGUUUUGACCUGCAGGACUGCCGAGAAAUCUUCACGAAAGGCAUAGAAGCGUCGAUAAAUGAUGUGUUGCAGGUGGAUUUGCCACGAUAUUGUGCUAACGUAGGGGUUGAGAGUGUCUUCACACUCUUCUCCCUAUCAUUUUUAUGGUCUUUUUACAUUAUUGGCAGUUAUCUUGUAAUUGUUUUCAUUACUAUGUUAACAUUUUAUCUUAAUGCCUAUUACCAAGGCUGGAAAUACAUAAAUAGAUGCCUGGAAGCAGAUUUAAAAAACAUCAAGAACUCCUACAUGAUCCAAAGCGGGAGUCACAUGUGGGUGGCUGUGUGGCGUGACAAAAUUAUUGGUAUGGUUGGACUUCUUGAAAAGGAGAGCCAUAAACCAAGAAUCGCAGAGUUAAAGAGGAUGUAUGUUUCAUCUGAAUAUAGAGGGAAAGGUGUUGCUGCGAAACUGCUUGAGAGGGCAGUGAACUACGCAAAAAUUCACCACUAUGAUAGAAUUUUCUUGGAUACGACCUGUGUGCAUAAAAGGGCUCAUCGAUUCUAUGAGAAGCACGGUUUUCAUCUUGUGAAUGGUUCAUCCGUUUCCUCAGCUACUUCCAACAAAUCUUCAAUUGUAUGCCUUUGAGCUGCAGUUGUAAAAUUAACAGUGUGACAUUGGAGUUCCUCUCAAUCUUUGGAAAUUGCCAGGAAUUUGGUAGGUGGCUCUUGCAUUUAGUCGA